GGAUAAGGAUCAGUUUCUUUUCUUUUUCUUUUUCCUUCUUUUCUUCCCCAGCCAUUUCCCGAUUCUGCUCUUCUUUUUCUUCCCGCUGCAGCCCAAAAAAAUAUAUAUAUAAACCCAAGCUACCCGACACCCCCUCUUGAGUAUUUGGUAAAAAAGCUUGGAGAUUUCUCCUUCCUUCUUGCUUUAUAACCUGAAUUGGAACCCAGAAAUUCUCCCCCUUGCAUGAAGCUUUCGGAUCUGCCUUGCUCUGCUCCUCACCAUCCGGCUGCUCCUGCUUUCUUCUCUAAGUGCAAGUUUAGCCAUUUAAUUGCUGCCCUCUGUGUCUGAAAUUCUGGAUUAAUUAGGGGAGAAAAUUGAUAGUAAUUAGACCAUGAUUUAGCUUAAUUCAAGUGGGAUUUAUGUGAUUGAGUGUUAAUGGAUUGCUGUGAUUUUUGGAGAGAAAAUCCCGUGAAUUAGCUAGUGGUUUGGGCAAUUUUUGGAAGUGCAGUUACUGUUCACGUCGUGGCAUAGCUGGUUGAGAAAUUUGUUCUGUUUGUCACGACCAGUGGAAGAUGGGUAACCCUCUACUUCGUAAGAGAUUCCAGGCUAUUUUAGCAAAUGUUGUGUGUUUUCUAGUUGCGUUUUAGGAGCUGGAUUACUUGGUAAUUCCAUUGCUCCUUAUCUUUCUGAAAGUCUUAUAGUGAAAUUUCACUUUUUCCAUUUGGAGCUUCAUGGUCUUUUCAUGUGGCUCAUUUUUCUAUAUUGGUUAAUCAAGAACAGUGAUCCUUCAAUUGAAAUUGCCUUGUUUUUGUGAAGAUUGGCAAGUUGUCAUAAAGUUAAACUCUCUAUUGUUGCCAAUCUCUACAUUCUUUAUGUCUGUUGAAACUGCUUGAAACUCCUAAAAUCCAUCUUGAAUCUUUCUUGAUAUUGCUUUGUACUUGUUCUUGAAACUGAAAUCCAGAAAUGGAUAAUGAUUAUUGAAAUCCUCAUUAUCUUGGUACUUGUCUGAAAUUAAUCCUUGCAUUGUUCUUGAAAUCUAUUUUGAGUUGACCUUGAAAACCAUUCUUGUUUUGACACUGGCUCUUGUUCAAAUUCUGUAUAUUGCUCUUGUUCAAAUUCGCAGAAGCAUAAUAGGCCGUGUUCUGUUCCUAGAAAGUGAUGAGGCAAUUGUUUUGUCUCGGAUUGGGUGAAGCCAUUCACCACUUGAGACGACCCUAGAUUUGAGUUUUGGGGACAAAACUCCUUUUUAGGAGGGGUGGAUGUAAUAUCCCAAAUUUUCGAGAAUUUUAUCAUUUAAGUUAAGGACUAAAUUGUGGAAAAAUGC